UAAUCAUCUACCGGAUGCGAAUAGGCAGCGACUUAGCCUUUCGCCCAAAUCCCAAAACAACCAUUCGUCAUGAAGAUUGACUUGGUUUCAGGCUGCUCGCAUGAUCGCCAUAUAAGGGCCAUGUCUCUGAUUUGUUGCAGCAAUCAGAAACUAGAGGAUGUUUCAGUCUUUUUCAAGCAGUGAAUUAGCAAGUCUGCUGUGAUUGGAGCGCAAAUGACUUGGCAUAGAGCGGGGGAAGUUGAAGCAACUCUGCCGCCAUUAUUCUUCCUAUAGAACUCAAUACUCCCCAUGGACACUGUUCUUGUUCGGUCUCCGAUUGUUUUCGUUGAAAAAAUAUCUCACCCCUGGCAAUGGGUCCGACAUUGGGAAAUGACACCAUCGAAGUACAUGGGGUGACCAACCCGGACGAUGAAGAUACACAUGAUAGCCUUCUGUCUCUACGAUGGACCGUUGAGAGCGGCUGGUGGCGCCGAUCCAGCUAUGCAGGCUGUCUCUUGUACAAUGUCGGCUCUUUUAUGCUCCCUGCAUUGUACAGCACUCUAGUCAAGAUCUGGAUUGCGAAUAUUGACUCUACCGUGGUGGUUACAACGGACGUUUAUACUUAUAUCGGCACUGUUGCAGAAGUACUUAACGAAGGUCUUCCUCGUGCCGUCUGGGUGACUAUUGCCGAUCAAGUUACGCGGUCAUACAAGUCUCGUCUAGAACUCGCACAUGCUCUGGUCGCGUUCCAAACAGUCCUCGGUCUGAUCAUGAGCAUAAUUUUCACCAGCGCAGCCAAAGCCUUCACAGCAACCUUCGUCCCGCGCGAGGCUCGGAAAGCAAGUAUUACCUAUGUUCAAAUUAGUGCAUUCUCAGCCCUCAGCUCCGCUAUAGAAGUUGCAGUAUCCAACGCCACAAGGGCUCUGGACAAGCCCGACGUUCCUCUCGUGAUUAGUUCGGUCAAGAUUAUCGUGAACAUUAUCAUGGAUCUCCUGAUCAUAUCCAAGUUUCAUGUGGGUGGCUGGUCUCCUAAUAUUAUUCAGAGAAUAAACCUGUCCGAAGAACGACGCAGCUGGCACUGGAUUAUAAAAUUCCCGAGAUUUUCUGCCUUCUUAACGCUUCUCAAACCAGGUUUAAUCACUUUUGUCGAGUCGGCAGUUCGAAAUGCGCUAUACCUCUGGUUGGUUGCAGAAAUAGUGACCAUGUCCGCAGACUAUGCUACAGCGUGGGGAAUAUUCACCACAAUUCGAUGGGGUUUGAUCAUGGUGCCUGUUCAGGCACUGGAGGCUACGUCUCUCGCUUUUGUGGGGCAUUUCUGGGCUACUUUCCACCUUGACUUAGAUUACUCAUCACACCUUGUGCGGAACCCGUCCAGAGUGGCACGUUUGGCGCGUUCGUGUGACCCUAGACUCACGUCCUUUAUCCUCCAAUUCGUGCCAAUUCCGAAACCACAUGGACAUAGAGGCACUAGACAAUAUAAGUCUCCCUGCCUACUUCUGAAACCCCCGGGGGUUUAGACCGGAAAAGCACUCGAACGUCAUUUGCUUCAGUGCUUUGAACCUUCCAUUCCAGUCAAGCCACCAUGAAUAUCUCGCCCUCAUCCAUAUUCGUCAUCCAAAUAGUCACGUUACGCUCGGCCGACACUGGGUCAUUUCUGAAGUGCAGAAGGUAAUUCUGGAGCAUCGCAGCAGUGUACGUAUUCGGCUUAACCUUGGCAGCGAAGGAUUCCGACAACUGAACAAUAUCGUUCAGCGACCAACUUGAAGAGGCUGGUUCCAAAGAACAACAUAUUCUCAUAUCAUGG